AUGACGUCUCGCAUCCCCCGCAGCUCGGCCGGCUGCUGGACGUGCCGGCUGCGGCGCAAAAAGUGCGACGAGGCGCGACCAGUGUGUGAGGGCUGCGCGGCGCUGGAGAUUGAGUGUCUAUACAGCGAAUCGCGGCCCAACUGGAUGGACAAUGGGCCGCGGCAGCGGGCGAUGGCGGACCGCCUGAAGCUGUCGGUCAAGGACCGGGCGGCGUGGCGGCGGGAGAAGCGGUUCUUGCGGGACAUUGAGACGGGCGCGGCGGCGAUCCGGCUGCGCGAGGCAGACGACGACGUGGCAGCCGGUGCCAGCGGACGAGGAGGGGACGCCACACACAUGUUUUCGGUGGCCUCUUUCGCGACGCCCGUGGCCCGUCCUGCAUCGCCGCCCGCGACAGCCUCGACGGCCUCGCCAUCCGACAGCAGCGGCGCCGAACAUGCGCCGACGGCAGCCACGGCAACGACGGCGACCACAGCCCCGUCGUCGUCCCAGAUACCGCCAAAUGGCACGUCUUCGGACGGCACGUCUGCGGACUGGACGACGCCCGCCUCGCUGGACCCGCCCAACCUCGACCGGGAGCACGAGCUCAAUCUCAUGAUGCUGUACCUCGACUUUGUCUUUCCCUUUCUGUACCCCUUCUGCCGGCCCACCAUGCUCGGCAGCGGCCGCGGCUGGCUUCUGGUGCUGCUGAUGAAGAACAAGGCCGUCUUCCACUCGGCCCUGAGUCUGUCGUCGUACUUUAUGGCUGUCGUGACCAACACGACGCAUGCGCUCUCUAUGCAGGCCACGCCCGAACCCAUAUCCAUAUCCACAUCCACACUCCCGGCGUCGGGCGGCGGCAUCGACCUCGUCGACCAUGCCAGCAAUGCACCCGGCGAACACGGCUCGUGUCUCAUGGUCAUGGCCUCGGAGCUGCACAAGCAGCAGGAACUGUCGCUGCGGGAGCUGCAGCGCACUAUUGCUGCCGUCUCCGUCGCGCCGCCGACCGCAGGCAUCGGCAGCGAGAGCCACUUGGCCGAGAGCGCGCGGGCACUUGAGAGCAUCCUGCAGCUGCUGUCCUUUGAGGGCGUGCUGCAGCGCUUCGACCGGUGGCACGUCCACCUGGACGCGGCGGUGACGCUGUUUGAGCAGAUUAUGCAGCAGUACGGAGGAGGUCAAGAGGGCGCUGGCGCUGGCGCCAGCACCAGCGCCCCGUCCACUUCCACUUCUUCUCCCUCUCCCACUCCCACGGGCUGGCCUGGCAUCAUAGCCCGGCUGUCCCCCUUGCCAGCGAACGUGGCUGCGCAGACAAUGUCCCUCCCGCUGCCCUACGGCUCCGACCAGGCCGCCCUCACAUUCUAUGCCUCUGUCCUCCUGUACAUGGACAUUGUCACGAGCACCGUCACCGAGACGGCGCCGCGGCUGCAGCAGUACCAUGCCUCGCUGCUCGGCAGCUGCGAAGAGGGCACCGACGGUCGGUGUGGCGACUAUACCGUAUUUAAGCUGUUCGACUCCACCAAAAACUCUCAGCUGGCCGCCCACGAGGUCGUCGGCAUCCGGAACUGGGUGCUGUUGGCGCUGGCGAAAGCGGCUGCGCUGGCCGCUUGGAAGAAGGAGGCGGCCGCGGCGCGCCGGCUGACCGUGGCCGAACUGCUGGCCCGGGCGGCGCCCAUCGAGCGAAAGGGGGACCCCACGUCCACGUCCACGACCCCAACCGCCGGCCAGGCCGGCGAGCCCAGCUUGCCCGCGGGCUUCUACUCGCGCUACAUUGCCGCCGCCGAGGCACAGCUCGUAGAGGCCCUGUCCGCGCGCGAGGAGGCGUGCCGCGACCGCGAAAACGACCCCCACCACCACUACAGCCACGGCCGCCAAGACGACCCGUCGCUGCCGCCCCAUUCGGCCCAUGCGCACUACCACGACAGCGCCGCCGUCCUGAGCGUCGACACCGCCACCUACAUUUGGGGCCUGGCCGUCCUCACGUACCUGAAAGUCGUCGUCAACGGCUGGCAGCCCGCCGCCGACGACGUCCGCCAGUCGGCCGACGCCCUGCUGCGCGAGCUGGCCGCCCUGCCCUCCGCCUCGUGCCUCCGCCUCUUUGCCUGGCCCCUGUGCGUCGCGGGCUGUCUGGCGGCGUGCCCGCAGCAGCGCGCCCUCUACCCGGGCAUGGUCAGCGAGAUUUGCAGCGGCGAGCUGUACGGCACCGUCAACGAGGCGCUGCGCAUCAUGCGGGCCGUGUGGGCGGCACAGGACCUGCAGGCGCUGGGCGGCCGCAGCGGCGAGGCCCACGUGCAUGUGGAGUGGGACUUUGCGCGGUGUUUCAACAUCUUGGGGCGGAGGGCCUACUUGUUUUAA